UCCGGCCUCCGGCGUCAACUGUAAAACCGUUUGGGUUGGUGCGGCGUGGUUUUCUUUGCCGCGUUAACGGGGAAGACCGUUGGCACCCUCCCUUUCCGAGGGGGGCGGGGAGCGCUUCGUAAACUGAAUUAAGGAGAGGAUCUGAGGAGGGUUGUAGGCUGUCGAAACCCUUGUGCUCCCCACUCAGGAGACGGCCCGGGCCAUCUGCGCGUCGUGGUUUUCUCAUCUCUAACCGAUCUUUCUCCACAGGUUCAUGGAACCAGAGAAGGAAAGGACCGGGAGGACCCCCAAGAAGGGCAGGAAGAGGAGGCGGGUCCCGAAUAAGCUGGUCGGGGCGUCAGAGGUGAUGAGAGACCGUUGGGAUCUUGAGGAGAGGCAGCAGCCCGAGGCCAAGAAAGCCUGCUUAUCUACCAUUUUACUUUCUGAUACCCGUGAAAUAACUCAUGGCCAGCUAUGUGAAUUGCUGAAGUAUGCAGUUCUGGGCAAAUCCAGUGUUCCUAAACCUAGCUGGUGCCAACUUUUUCACCAAAACCACCUGAACAACGUGGUGGUUGUUAUACUGCAGGGAAUGAGUCAGCUACACUUUUACAGGUUCUAUUUGGAGUUUGGGCUUCUCCGAAAGGCAUUCAGACACAAGUUCUGCUUGCCUCCCCCAUCAUCUGAUUUCCUAGCUGAUAUCACUGGGCUGCAAAAGAAACAAAUAAUUGGGGAUCUGCCUAAAGGAAUGGAAGGGUCUUUACCUUCUUCCAGCUCAGAAGUCAGCAUCAACCUGCAGAAUGACCCCAUCGUUAAAAAGUAUGGCUCUAAGAAAGUAAGCUUGACCAGAUGCCUUCUCACAAAGGAGGAAAUGAAAACAUAUCAUUUUCCGUUACAAGGUUUUCCUGACUGUGAAAACUUUGUGCCUAUAAAAUGCUGUGGUUCUAUAACCAACAACAGUCCUCUCUUUGGGCUUGACUGUGAAAUGUGCCUGACAUCCAAGGGGCGAGAACUAACACGCAUCUCACUGGUUGCUGAAGGAGGCUGCUGUGUUAUGGAUGAACUUGUUAAACCUGACAACAAGAUUGUGGACUACCUCACCAGUUUCUCAGGAAUCACAAAGAAGAUUCUUAACCCAGUGACAACCAAACUCAAAGAUGUACAGAGACAGUUAAAAGCACUGCUUCCUCCCAACGCUGUGUUAGUGGGCCACUCCUUAGACUUAGAUCUCAGAGCACUGAAAAUGAUACAUCCAUAUGUUAUUGAUACAUCAUUGCUUUAUGUCAGAGAGCAGGGCAGAAGAUUUAAGCUCAAGUUCUUAGCCAAAGUUAUUUUGGGGAAGGAUAUACAGUGUCCAGAUAGGUUUGGUCAUGAUGCCACAGAAGAUGCUAGAACAACCCUUGAAUUGGCUCGGUAUUUCCUCAAAUAUGGCCCAAAGAAGAUUGCAGAACUAAAUCUGGAGGCACUAGCUAGUCACCAAGAACUAGAAGCAGCAGGCCUAGAGCCGAGAAAUACAGCAGAAGUAGUGCAGCAGCUAAACACAAGUGUUUUAGAAUGCUUGGACUCAGUGGGUCAGAAGCUGCUUUUCUUGACUCGGGAGGCAGAUGCUACUGAACUUUCUUCUUCCAAAAACUGUCAAACUAUUAAGUGCUUGUCAAAUAAAGAGGUUCUUGAGCAGGCUAGAGUGGAGGUCCCCCUGUUUACCUUCAGCAUCGUGCAGUUCUCUCUUGAACCCUUUCCACCCAACCUCAGUGAGGAGAUGAGCAAAAGAAUGAAGAUCAAGUGGAUGGAGAUGUCAACUGUCUAUGCUGGGCCGUUUAGCAAAAAUUGUAACCUUAGAGCUCUGAAUAGGCUGUUUGAGAGUUUUGGUCCAGUCCUGUCAGUGACUCUUACUCUUAAAUCCCAUCAGCCACAUCUCUGUGUACAAUACGAAGUCCUGGAAGGGGCCCAGCUGGCCAUAGAGUCUUUGGAUGGCAGCCUGGUAGAGGGUACCUGCAUCAAGGUGCAGAGGCCUGUGACAGAGCUCACCCUUGAUUGUGACAUCCUUGUGAAUGAGCUGGAACAAGAUUCUGAGAACCGAGGUACUAUAUACCUGUCUGGAGUGAGUGAAACCUUCAAGGAACACCUGUUGCAACAGUCCAGCCUCUUCCUGGGCCUGGAAGCUCUGAUCUUGCCUAAAGAUCUUAAAAAUGGAAUGCAGAAAAACUACUGUUUCUUGAGAUUCAAAACUUUUGGCAGUGCCCAUAGGGCCCUUGGCAUUCUCACAGGCAAGAACUGGAAGCUGAAAGGCAGGCAUGCCCUAACCCCCAGGCACCUCCAUUCAUGGCUCAGGGGCUUACCUCCUGAAUCAAGGCCCCCAGGGCUUCGUGUCAUACCUCCUCCCUCGGAGCAGGAGGCCGUGCAGAUGCUGAACUUGGACCACCCAAAGAUAGCAGCCUGGCGCUGGGGCAGGAAGAUAGGAAAGCUCUACCACAGCCUGUGCUCAGGAACCCUCUGCCUCAUCCUGCUGCCAGGAACUGAGAGUGUUGGAAGCUGAACAGUACAAGUUCCUGCCACCCACCCUUCCAGUACAGUUUUAUGAGGACAUUUUUUCUUUUUAAUGGAAAAAUAACAAGAGGACCCUCUACUGAAACCAGGUAGGACCAGAGUCAGCUCCUGUGUGGCAGUUUGGCCAAAGCUGGCCUUACGGAGCGAGCACGCAGAGGAGUCUGGGGAACUGGGACUCCCUCUUGUGAGGAAAAGGCUGAGAAAAUUAAUCUUCUCUUUAAUGAAACUGGUCCAAAUUCUGAUUCAAAAGCCUCCAUUAUGAUGUUCCCUGGCACUCUUCUUAUACUAUAUAUAUUGAAGGCUCCCUUUUAUAGCCAGUUUUAGCAGGCAAAGAAACAAAGAAAUAUAGAUACAUAUAUGUGUAUAUAUAUAUAUUUUAUAUAGGUAAAAUAUAUACAUAUCUUAUAUAUGUAUAUAUACAUAUUUGGGGGUAGGAAAAGGAGAGGUGGGUCAUGUAAACCUAAACAGUCAUCACAUUACCCCAAAUGAGCCUGACAUUAACAAAGAAGAAAAUAAAUAACUUCUGGGGGUUAAGUGACAACAUGGGUGCAGCAAGAAGGGAAAGGGCACACGUUUUAACUAUUAAAUACAUUUUUAUAUUUGUUUGGCAGAGUUCAAGCCAGUCCAGGCUUCUGCACUUGCCAGACAAGUAAGCUGAUGAUACUCAAUUAAAAAAAAAAAUUCAAGCAGAGCUCCAUACCACAGUUUUCCUUCAAGUCAGUUGGCCGGCAGGCACAGUUUUCUGACCCCCAGGAACAGAAACUUUGGCUCCAAGGCAAAUGAAAAAAAAAAAAAGUAUUUCCACUUAAAACGUGAAAAUACAGAAAGUUCAUCAAAGAAAGAAAACUAUCAAAGUCUACUUCCAGCAAAACUGAGGUAGCACUGCUUUCUCUGCAUUCAAUGCUUAAGUGGUUCUCAGUACAAUGUGUUCUAAAAAAACCCGCUCACUUGACUGACAGGUGCAGCAUGUUGAUGGAUAAACUCAACAUGAAAUGCAAUAGGUCAAAGAAGGAAUGAGCAAGAAGUGAGGAAAAUAAGGGUUCCAGAUAAAUUAGCUUAAAAGGGGGUUGUCACCAGACUACAAAUGCUCUUGGCUGGCCUUGGCUCUCCAAGAGCUUUAAAUCGCCUGGGAAUUAAUGCAAUGUGGUUAACAGUUAACACUGUUAUUCAACUCUGUGUAAAUCUUUAAAAAUAAUUAUUACAACCUAAAUUCAACGAUGUAAACAGCACUACACACAGUACAGACCUGCCCUGAAAAACAAGAAUAUGCAAAACUGAGAUCUGGCACUGUAUCGUUUUGUAAUGAUAAUUCAACCUAACUGUCCCAUUCCCCCCUCCCUGCUCUACACCCUCCCCCACCCCCCCCAAAAAAAUCUAAUUUGUGCAAGAAGUGGCAGGCUUAUUCUAUCUGAAGGCUUCAAAAAAAAAAAAAAGAUACACAA